AUUAGAGAGAGAGAGAGAGAGAGAGAGACAGACAGAGAGGUCGUGCCGUUGUCCACAAAUGGAGCCGGAUUCUGCAGAAGAUAACACCGAUCAAUGGUUUGCAGGCACAUUUCCUUGCACAUUUAUUUUUUUCGGUGACUGUUAGGUGCCUUGGAUGUGUGAUGUGAAGAGCAGAAAUGGCAGAGGGUGGAAAAAAUGGGGAAGGAGGAGGAGGUGGCACACAUCUCCAGGAGCCACCCACCCACUCCCCUGUCAGUGCCAGCACCCUUGGGACCAAGCGACAUGUCCCACGGGGGAUCGUGAUCCAGCUGACCGGAACAGAGGGAGAGUGGGACAGCCUGGACGACAGUGAGCUCAUCUUUUCCCUUGAUCACGAUGAGGACUACCCCUCCAUAUCUCUGUCAAAGGAGAGGCAGUUUUCAGUGGAGGAUGAGGGAGCGCUGCACACCCAGGCCUUCCAUGUCCCUCUUAGUCCCUCAUCCCCUGGCUCUCUGGGGAACUGCUCCACCACAAGCCCCAGCUUCCUGUCCCCCGGCCCUUCUUCUUCACCCUCCCACCGACCCCUCGCCAGCCUGGUCAAGUCUCUCUCCUCGGAGCUGGAACUGAAGGAAAGCUCUACUCUCAGGCCGAAGCCACUUCUGAACCUUGUGAAGUCGAUCUCCACAGAAAUCUCCCGCUCAGAGCCUGAGGUGUCACAGUCUAAAUCAGACUCCCGCCUCAACCUCCACCUGUGGAAGCAGCUGACGCAGGCUAAAACCCGCAGCAAUGGGGACUCUCGCACCGCGCCCCCGUCUCCAAGUUCACUCUCGCCGAGCGCAGAGGGUCUGAAAGGUGGCUUCUUUAAAAUGGAGCUCGAGGACACCAAGAGGAAACUCUCUGAAGCUGUGCAUGAACCAUUUAGCAGCAUGUUCAGUAAAAUCAUGAGAGAGGAGAGCACAGGUAGCCCCAAACACCAGUGGAAGAACCAGGGGGGGCACCAGUCGGGACAUCAGGGGGGACACCAGGUCAGUUCCAGAGGCUUGGGUCAGGAAGGGAGCCCAGAUAUGGGGGGGCUGGAGUCUCCUGGGAGGAAUAUUCGGAGAACGGAUGCUGAGGUUUUGCCGGUGUUUGACUGGCCCUCUAUUAGACAUCCAGGAAGACACCACCGCAGCGUCUGCCCUGUGCAUCAUUACCCACAAUACCACAGGGAUGAGGAGCUGGAAAUAUUUACCGACGGUGAUGUGAUGCAAAUAUUAACCACUGAGAGGAAAAUCCAGCCUGCUGGGCCACAGCUCCCUGCAGAGCUCCCAGUUAGGAUCUCACCCCUUCCACGCAUGACCUUAUUCUGUGUGGCAGUGCUGUCUUAUGGCUACUUCAUCCUACCUCUCAGUCCGUAUUUUUCUGGCCUGGCUCUGGGGUUGGCACUGGGCUUCUUACUUGGACUGUUGCUCAUUAGGAUGGGCUCCUCCAGGUCUCCAGACCCUCGAAACAGAAAAACACAGAGACUGCUGGGAGAAGGAAUUCUGACAGGGGGUACUGCCUGUGCUGACUCUGACACCCUCAAGGGCUGGAUGAAUGAAAUACAUGAUUACGACCCAGAGACCUACCAUCCGGCUUUGACUCACUCUGUGUUUGCCACUCUGGAGGGUUCUUGUCUCCGCUUGGACACCCCACGGAACAAUAUCAGCCGCCGGGCCACAUAUGGCGAACGAGUCCACGAGACCAGCUUUGUGAAGACUCGGCAUUUUCAGCUGACAAAGAGCAAAGUAUUCCUACUGCCAUCUGUGUUGGCCCAGAAAAGGGUGUGGAACCCAAAGUAUCCCAUCUGUAUCCAACUAGCCAGAAGAGUGAACUCAUCAGAGGAGGAGGAGGAGAAAGAGAUGGAUGAGGAGGAGAAGGAGGAGGAGGGUCACAUAGAGAAACCCGAAGUGGAGCUAUCGGGUUUCUCUAAAGUCAGCCGUGACCAUCCAUUAAGCACCACUCUUUACCUCUUCGGCCGCACAGGGAGAGAGAAAGAGGAGUGGUUUCGUCAUUUCCUGUUUGCGUCGGUGGAUGCACAGAGGGAGAAGGAAAGGGACAAACAGAGGCCUGGCAGAUGUGUGUCCAGAUCGGGAGACCCAUCACAGCUUCAGAAUCUCAUCACCCAGUGCAAUGUCCCCAGCAGUAGAGGCUCCAGCAGAGUGGGCAGCAGUGACGACGACGUCCCUUCCACACCUCCAGCUCCUUUAAUGGCCUCAGUCAAUGUGAGUCAGGCGUACAGUACUGCCAGGGGUCUUUCAGUGCAAGACUACACCCACUACAUGGCACGUCUUCUGACCAUGGAGGAGCUAACCCCCCUGUCCAUCCCUGGAGCGAGCAGCGCAGAGGCCAGUCCCACCAUCAAAGUAAAUUGUACUUGUGAUCCAGCAGAGCAGCCUGGGAAGGGCCAAGCUGCGUGGGCUAAUGCUCUAAUUGGACGAAUCUUCUGGGACUUCCUCCGAGAGAAGCACUGGGCGGACAUGGUCUCCCACAAGAUCCAGAAGAAGCUCAGCAAAAUCAGACUGCCUUACUUUAUGAAUGAACUGACUGUGACUGAGAUGGAUAUGGGAUGUUCGAUGCCACUUAUCACAGGUACUUCCAGACCAGAGAUCAACCCCAGAGGGCUGUGGUUGGAGCUGCAAAUGGUCUACACUGGUGCACUACAGAUGACCCUGCAGACCAAGUUUAACCUGUCCAAGCUGGGCAAGGAGGGGGGCCAGGACACUGACUGCACCACUGACACCAGCAGCUCACGCUGUAGGCCAGUCCUCAGUGUGUUGGCAGACAGCGAUGAAGAGUCCUCCAGCGCGGGAUCAUCUGAUGAAGAAGAGUUUCUCCCCUCUGAGCCUCAGGGGCCGGUGGGGGACAAGGGCUCUGUGUCUGUAAACGAAGGGACAGUAGGGGGUGGAAAAACUGGAAGAAAAAUUUUAAAGUUUGUGGACAAAAUCGCUAAAUCCAAGUAUUUCCAGAAGGCGACAGAGAAUGAGUUUAUCAAGAAGAAGUUUGAGGAGAUGUCCAACACUCCACUGCUGCUCACUGUCGAGGUCCAGGAGCUGUCAGGGACUCUGGUCAUCAACAUCCCACCGCCUCCUACAGACAGGAUAUGGUACAGCUUCUGUUCACCACCCAAGUUAGAUCUGCAUGUCCGUCCUAAACUCGGGGAGAGGGAGGUGACCUUCUGCCAUGUGACUGAGUGGAUUGAAAAGAAACUGCAGGAUGAGUUUCAGAAAGUGUUUGUCUUACCAAACAUGGAUGAUAUCUACUUACCCCUGAUGCAUUCUGGGUUGGAAAGCCCUCAAGCAUCCCAUCGUCAGUCCCAAAGUUCCUCCAAAGAGUCCAUAGAGAGGAUCCCACCUGAGAUCUCUGGGGAAGAUUCUGACUAGUGCCUCGCUGUUGAUGAUCAGCACCGGUAUAAAAACAAAAAGCUGAUCCUGGAAAGUAGAUGUAAUUUGCCAAGACAGACUUCAGAACGUGCAGACUUACUCUUGUUGGGUUUAUGUUUUAGCUGGGAGUUUGCAAAGAUCUGAAAUUCUGCGCUGUAGUCUUUCAGAUGGUGGAGCACGCAUUUGCAGUUUGUUUUACCAUCUAAAAGAAAUUAAGUUAUGAGUCAGAUGUAGCAGAACAAUUUACAUAAUGACAACCAACUACAAGUGUUAAACUUUUACAUAUGUUUACAUGUCAAUGAUCCCUAUGAGAUUAUCAACAGUAUUUAUUUGCUGCUUUAAUGUUUACAGCUUGAUGUCUAUAAAAUGAUGGAUAUUAAUAAAUAAAAGCAAGAAAAGCAC